AUGCGUAAAUAUCUGGUUUACUUCUCGGUUCCAUGCUUUUUCAUAUUCCCGAUGCUUUUUGUAUACCAAGCCAGUCUUUUUGGAAGUACGCAACAAGGAUUAUCUGAUGAAAAUGACUAUCCAGUAGAUGUGACGCACAGAACUCCUCAGAGAGUGAUGGCUUUCAUGAAGAGAUCGCCAAAGUCUUGUGAAUCUUGGAUUUCCCAACUCAACACCUCUAUUCCAGUCUUGCUAAUUGACGUAGACCUUCUGAAGGCUCUCGAAAAAAACAACUGUGGUUCUGUGUCCCCUUUAAAGCCAAUUACGGUCGGUGUAGAUGUGACACACCUAUCUGCUAAGUGGCUUCUGACUGACCCCCGAUUUGUGGUACUUUACUUCACUAAUGAAACUGGAAAAGACUAUUUGGAUUUUAGAUCGGACCCGAGAAAGAUUAUACCGAAAAAGUUCGAAACUCGGUGGGUUGGGAAUGUUGAGAUUCCUGUGAACAUACCGAGGUUCUUAGGAUUCUCCACACGUGGCAAAUUUAUAGAUUGCAUGAAUUUGCAUAUACCGAGAACAGGGAUGAAGGUACGAAUGCCUGCAAAACCAUCGUCUGCUGCUCUGGCUCAUCUCCGAGAUGAAAUGAUAGAACAUGACAUGUUUCCAUUUUUGAAUGGUGGCACUUUGUUGGGAUGGUACCGAGAAUGCUCCGUAAUUCCUCACACUGGAGAUAUGGACCUUUCGGUUUUCGCGGAAAACUACAAUCCAGCGUUUGUAGAUAAAAUGGAAAAAAAUCAAUCGGGAUUUCGUAUCAGCAGAAAAUUUGGGAUGCUAAAUGACUCUUUUGAACUCACUCUUGCUCCCAGGGAAGGGUUUAAAGUAUACAUAGAUAUCUUUCUUAUGUACCAAGGAGUGGAUAAUGGGACUGUGACCCAUAAUUGGGUCGGAGGACUUUCCCCGGAUGGUACGAAAUACAAAUACACCUAUCCUGUUUAUGAUCCAUGGUGUGCUGCAGAUCUUCAAGGACACAUUUUCUGGGUGACCUGUACACCAAAUGAAAAAGUUGUGAAAGAAUAUGGCGCGCUGUGGUACCUGGACCAUCUGACCUCCAAGUACUCAUGGAACUCUUCUGGAAAAAAUGUGAAGAAGAAUGGAAAAUUCACGAAAGACCAGAUGAAGGAUGUCUACAAAGUUUUCAAAGGAAAAAAAUAG